AUGUGCUCCCUAUCUUCACAAAAGAAGGAUGGCAAUGUUUAUAAAAGAAGGAAGAUUGAUAAGGAUUCAAAUUCUCCUAUAGCAUUUGAAGAGGCUAAAGAAAUGGCAGCCCAAAGUUGCACAAUUUCUGAUGAUCACUCGUCAUUACUGCUACCCAUUAUCUCUUCAGAGGCAUUGCUUUUAAAUUCAACAGCACGCAUGGCUGGUCCUAUCCUAGAUUGUGAGGAGCCUGCUGAUGUUUCAUUGGAGCCAAAUUCUGGUACGAAUGAUAGAUGCUUCGUUUCAAGUAUGUCUCCAUCUUCCAUGACUCUAGACAAAAAGAAUGCUGCUGAAUGUUCCUCAUCGAAUAUCGGCCCUACAGAAUCAAUUACUGAGCAUGUUUCACCAAGGGAUCUUUGCAUUGCCAUACUGAUAAAAGAUGGACUUAUAAAUGAAUCAAGAACAAGAAUGUCACAUAAAGAGGAAUUCAGUCACAAUGAUGCUAACCCUUUGUUGGCAUGCAAUAAUUGUGGCUGCUUGGAGCAUUCAUCGAAGAUGCUGAUAUGUGAUUCUUGUGAAGCAGCAUUUCAUUUGCCUUGCUGCAUCCCUUGUAUUAAAGAGCUGCCUACUGAUGAAUGGUAUUGCGCUCCAUGCUUGUGUAAGAAACCCAAGAGUCUUUAUGGCAAACUCUCAGAGGGCAAGAUCAAGCCUUCCAGGAAUACUAACACAAGGCCUCAUGGGAUGAGUCACAUAGAGUACAUGCUGAAGGACGCUGAACCAUAUGUUACUGGGGUUCGAAUUGGUAGAGAUUUUCAGGCAGAGGUGCCAGAAUGGUCUGGUCCAUCAUCCAGCAGUGAUGGUUACUUUGACGAGCCCUGUGAAUUUGGUUCUGCAGAACUAACUACAUUUAAUUUGUGCAAAAUGAGUAAUCAAAAUCAUUCUUCCAUUGGUAAUUGGAUCCAAUGCCGUGAGACCUUGAAUCCAGGAGACUCGGACAAGCAAGUUAUCUGUGGAAAAUGGAGAAGGGCGCCCCUAUAUGUUGUACAGUCAGAUGAUUGGGAUUGUUUUUGUUGUCUUCUUUGGGAUCCAGCCCAUGCUGAUUGUGCUGUUCCACAGGAGUUGAAGACUAGUGAAGUACUGAAGCAGCUGAAGUUUGUAAACAUGGGGAGUUCAUGGAGAGCAGAUAGGAUGGAGCCGGUUUUGGGUGAAGGCUCGCAUGGUGGCGUUGGGGAGUGCCUUGCUGAGGCCGUCGAGCAGCCAGACACCCAUGUUGAUGAGGACCCUGCCACGGCAUCGGUGAAGAAAUCGUCUAUCACCUCAAGGGCGGUGGCGUGCUUGUGGCAUUGA